GAGCAGCUGGCCAGCUGCAAGACACGCAAGCAAAGGUAAAGGGGAGAUGCGGGUGGCACCCGAAUCCAACCGCCAACGAGAAAGCUUGGCAGUCAACCAGGUAGCGUGAGUCCUACCCGGCCCAACCGGCGACCGCCGAAAGGCGCCUCACUCUCCUUCACUCACGCGCCAACGGACUUCCCACGCCAACUCGCUCGCCGACGACGGCGACACCGCACUAUAAACAGCUAGCUUCGUCUCCCAGCUCUCCCUCGAGCCAAGCUCACAACGACACGCACGCACGCACGCACAGUCUCCUGAUCUCCUCUCGCAGGCAACACUUCAUCGUCUGACAUCUGUUCCGGCCCAUGUCCUGCUUCGGCGCCGUGGCGGGGACGAUACCUGCCGCCUACUACUACUCGUCGUCGUCGGGGAUCAACGGCGGCGGCGCCCGCGGCAGCAGGAGGCCGUGGCGGUGGUGGCGCACCAAGUGCGCCGGCAUCGCCGCGGCCGUCGGGUCGAGGAUCCGCAAGUCCAUCAAGCGGAUCGACGGCCGCCGUCGGCGCACGGCGUCGUCGUCCUUGGCGUCCGUGCACGCGCGGCGCGGGUGCUGCCGCCAGCACCGCCGGAGCUUCGCGCCGGUCUACGUCGACGAGCUCUACAGCCACCACCAGCAGCCACCCAAGGCCCUCCGCGUCGUGCGGGCGGAGGACGAGCCGAGCGCCAGCGACGACGCCGCCAAGCCGACAACGGCGGCACCACCACCCGCGCACGCCGCCGGUGCCGCGCGCGUGUGCGCCGCCGACGCCAACCCCCGCCGUGCCAAACCGGCACGCGCGGGCGGCGCCGUCGCGACCGCUGCAGCUGCGGGUGUGCGCGCUACCGGCGGCAAGCUGGCGCAAGCGGCGGCUCACGCCGGCGGCGCGAUGAGGAACGUGCUGCUGAGGAGCCCCGGCAGGGGCGGCGGCGGCGUGCUCGGGGUGGUGAAGGGGAUGGGGGAGGUGGACCUCAGGGCCGAGCUCUUCAUCAGGAAGUUCAAGGAGGACAUGCGCCUGCAGAGCCAGCGCUCCGCCGAGGAGUUGCAGGCCAUGCUCGCCAGAGGCCUAUGACAUCUAAUUUAAUUUGGGCGACAUCAUCAAUUAUCUAGCAGAUUAGCAGAAUAGCAUAUGUAGGGGAUUGUUCAUUAAUGGUGUUAAUGGCUACUAGUUUGGAUUUGUGGUUUGGAAAGAAGAAAAAAUGAGGAUUUGGAGGCUAGAGGAUCAUGGUGUGCUGAACUCUGUUGUGGCUUUGGUUGGGAGGUUGAAUAUUUUUUUUUCCAUGUUGUAGAUAGAUCCUGGAUGAGGUGUGUGUUGCAUAUUCAUUGGUUGAGUUGCAUGUAACUACAUAACUCUGUUGGAUGUUCACCGCAAUUCGAGAAAAAACACAGAAGAAUGAAAACGGAAGAUGUAAAUACAUUAUAUGUA